AUGUUAGAAGCAAUAGAUGAGGUUGAGCAUGAAAUUCUGUGGGAAAUGAAUAGGGGUUCCACAAAUGUUUGGCAUGAAAAUUGGACUGGAAUUGGAGCUUUGUAUCGUGUUGUCUCUCUCCCCCCCCCCCCCCCCCCAGAGUUCAAUAUCAAUGAAGAACUACAGGAUGUGGUAGAUUUGAGGACUGAGAAUGGAUGGGAUGAUCAACUUCUGGAUCAAACUUUUCCAGAAGACAUACUUGAGCACAUAAGUAAAGAAGUAUACUUUGAUCAUAGUGAUGAGUACUGGGAUACACCUAAGUGGAUGCCAACAACUUCAGGUAAAUUUACAGUUGGUAGUGCAUGGCAAAUCCUGAGGCAUAGGGAUCCUACAAAUCCGGAAUACAAAUUAUUGUGGACUAAAGGCUUACCUUUAAAAAUAUCUUUCUUUAUUUGGAAAUUAUGGAGAGGAAAGGUUCCAACAGAUGACUUAUGGAGGAGAAAUGGACAUCUCACUGUUUCUAAAUUUUGGUGUUGUUUACCUCCACAAGAGGAAACACUUCAGCAUAUUUUCCUUGCAAGUCCUACUGCUUCUAGAGUAUGGAAGGUCUUCUUGCAGGCUGCUGGGGUGAUGGUGAAUUUGGUGCAGAUUCAUCAGGUGAUUAGGGCAUGGUGGAGUGCUAAUUGUUGUGCUAAGCUCAGGCCAUUGUUCCAAGUUGCCCCGACCUUUAAUUUUUGGGAACUUUGGAAGAAGAGGAAUACUAUGAAGGAUGGAGUAGGUGUUGUCUCUUUUAAUAGGUUGGUACAUAAGCUUAAUAAAACACUAUAUUACCUUGCUAGAGUGAGAUAUCCUUGGCUACCAAAUAUUCCUCUAAUUUGGCCAGAUAUGGUUAGAUAUUUUGAAGGCUAUAAGCCUUAUGUUAUUACUAAAGGAGUUACAUGGCAGCUGCCUUAUAAGAGAUGGUUCAAGUGCAAUACUGAUGGUGCUUCUAGAGGAAAUCCUGGGCCAGGCUCAUAUGAUUUUUGUGUCAGGGAUAAUGCUGGAGAUGUGGUGUUUGUGAGGGCAGAAGAGAUAGGGCUUUCAACUAAUAUAGUAGCUGAGGCAAAGGCAAUAGUGGAAGGGCUUUCAUAUUAUAUUCAAAUGCAACUGCAUCCUCUCAUCAUUGAGACUGAUUCACUGGUGCUGAAGAAGUUUAUUGAGGGUGAAUGGGAGGUACCUUGGAGUAUUGAGAAAUAA